CAUGAAGGUUGGACCAAUGUGGGAUGAGUGGCAGGGACGCUCGACGACCGGAAGAGUGAGGCCAGGAGGUCUGGGUUGGGCGCCGCCAUAACAACCUGAUACCGGAAAAGGCGGGUCUCUUCUCCCUGACUGAUCGGCGCUUGAAUUCGCCUGGAGAUGCAGGCAGCCCUGGAAGUCACUGCUCGAUACUGCAGCCGAGAGCUGGAUCAGUAUGGCCAAUGUGUGGCAGCCAAGCCAGAGUCGUGGCAUCGAGAUUGUCACCACCUUAAGAUGAGCAUUGCUCGCUGCACGUCCUCCCACCCGAUCAUCCGCCAGAUCCGCCAGGCCUGUGCUGAGCCCUUUGAAGCCUUUGAGAAGUGUCUUCGCUUGAAUGAGGCAGCAGUGGGCAACUGUGCUGAACACAUGCGCCGCUUCCUGCAGUGUGCAGAGCAGGUGCAGCCACCAAGUUCACCCACAACUGGAGAGGCACAGCCCCUGCCUGCCUCCUGACAACCCCUUGGACUUUGAGAAAACCGACAUGAUUGACCGUCCCACUUGAUGUCCUCGCCUAGAAGAGUGACAAGAGUUUUGGAGUCUUGAGGGCCCUGCUGUGUGUCUGGCGCUCCUGGACAUCAGGACACUAAAUAAAUAAAGACUGAGUACUGGGCUCUGAUUCCAGCCUUCAGUAUUGAAAGGGAGAAGAGCGAUGAGAGAAAGCUUACUCAUCCAUCCCCCGGCUUUCCUUGGUCUGCCAAGUGAGCGCUCAGGAGGGGCCUGGGUGCUCUUGUUCUAGGCUCAGGAGUAGGAUGACUCAGCCAGCCCUCCCUGGCCCUGCUGUCUGUGUGUUGGAGGUAGGCUUCCCUCCCACUCGUAGUCAACCAGAUAAAUGUGUAAGUCUAGGCAGUCCUGAAGCUCACUACGUAGACCUCGAUGGAUUCAGAUUCAACAGCCGUCUCCUGAGUGCCAGGGCUCUAGGUGUGAACCACAAUGCCCAGCUUUCCACACACAUGCCAGUGGGCUAUGCCCCGCCUACCAUUAGUGCCCACAGCCUACAUUCACUACACCGUAACACUGUUCUCUUGAGACGUGGCAGAGGAGCAAUAAAUAGCACAUUUCUUCCACUGCUGAAUUAGAACCAGUUGAGCAGUAGACAUGGACUUUGGGCAGUGGACAUAAAAAUACUGAUCUUAUUGAAAACAGCAGUGCGGAGACAGAAGCAGGGAUCAAAAGGUCAAGGUCGUCCUUUGCUGCAUGGUUUGAGGCCAGACUGGGCCACCUGAGGCCCCUUCUCGUUAAAUAAACAUUAAAAAUUGAAAGCCGGAAA